AUGGAGGAUAAUCAUGACCGAAAAAUACAAUCCGUACCAAAUAAAUUUAUAGUUAAUAAUAAAAAAAAUAUAACGUUAUCCGCAUUUGCUUCACCACAAGAUGUUGCAUCUCAAAUAAUACCAUCAAUAACCCAAGGCAUAGUUCCCAUUACUUCUAAUAUAGUUUUGGCUACCCCUUCCUCUAACCAAAUUACCCAACCUACAACAGAUACUUCUCCUAAUAAUGUUAUCACAAUAACGAGUAUAUCUACUGUUCUUCCAUCAAUUGGAGCUACUCCUAAUCCGAAUUUUCCUGGUACAAAUGGUGGUAGUGGUAAUUCUAUUAAUGAUUCUUCCAAUGAUAGUGGUGGUCCAUCAGGUUUAGUGGUAGGUAUUCUCGUCGUUGGUGGUCUUGUUCUCCUAGGUGCUGCGACCUCAGGAUGUUAUUGUUACCGAAGAUAUCGUUUAUCAAUACGAUAUGAUGAUGAAUAUGAUGGUGGUGAAGUAGUACUAAGAGGAAAUCAAGAUCCUUUCCAAAGUACAUUGGAUCAAUACCAUAGAACUCGGUUUUAA